GACUCGAGAGCACGCCCUAUCCUUCGAACACUUUCCUGCUUUCGCCUCUGCAAGCCACAAAAAGGACAAUGACCAUAAUCACUACGACUGCAACACAAACGCAAGAAACAGCUGCACCAAGGCUAGGCAUUAAGAGAGAGCAUCUUGCUGGACUUGAUCCCAAAUGGGUGGAGCUAUGGAAUACUCAUGGAGCACAAAUGGUGAGGGCCGAUGAAGUGUCGAUUGAAGAGUAUCGCCAAAAUCCCGCCGCGUAUAGUUUUACCUAUCCUACAUGCGCCGGUCCUGAUGUGUUCCGCGUUGAGGAUAUGCAGGUGCCAGUCACGACACCGGCUGGAGAAAUGACGGUCAGAGUAUAUUCGCCAAAGGGGCCAGGCCCAUUUCCAGUUCACUUGAACUUCCACGGAGGAGGAUGGGUACUCGGCGGACUAAAUAGUGAGGCCGCAUGGUGUCGACACAUGUGCAAUAAAGCCAACAUCAAAGUCAUCGAUGUAGACUACAGAAUGGCGCCCGAAUACCCCUUUCCCACGAGCAUAUAUGACUGCUGGGAUGCAGUCAAAUGGGCCAUAGCCAACGCCCAAGUUUUGAACAUCGACCCCAAUAGCGUCUCGAUUGGCGGGCUAUCAGCAGGUGGUCAGAUGUCUGCUGUUCUUGCACACUUCGCGCGCGACGAAGGUAUCGAUCUCAAAUUACAUUUGAUGAUUGUGCCUGCAACUGAUAUGCGGUACUGCAUGAAAGGAUUGGAGCUCGACAAAUCAAAUUGCCCGUAUCAAAGUGUGCAUCUGUUCCACGAUGUACCGUGGGGUCCUUUAGGUCGCGAAAAGUGGUUUCUAAAGUAUUGGCUUGGUGAUAGUGUCGAGAAGCAAAGAGAAGCGCUGAACAACUGGAUCUGCACCCCAGUGUUGGCUCCUUCAUUCGACAACCUGGCACCCGCACACAUCAUCACUGCAGAAUUCGAUCUCGAGAGAGAUGAAGGAGAGUACUAUGGUGAGCUACUGCGCAAGGCUGGGAAUAAGGUCACGGUAAAGCGUUAUGCUGGAAUGCCUCAUGCUUUCGGCCACUACAACCAUCCUGAGCGGGGACUGAAGCAGAGCUUUGAGUACAUAGAAGACACGAGCAGAUUGCUACGUAGUGUCCAUUACAGCGAAUGAAAACGCCUUGGGUUUUGGAUUCAUGAACC